GCCUCUUUGGUGGCUGUGACAGGGAGAAUUAGGCAAGAGAUGCGGGUUCACUUGCCCUGCGUAGGGGCUUAUCUUGGGCUAAGCUGAGGGACUAAUAGCAAAGCCAGCCUCCGCUCCAGCCGGUCUGAGGGCACAGGGAACCAUCUGUCCACUCUGUGGAUAACUGACAACAAAAGGGGCAAACAUUGAACACGGACUACAAACUAAAAGGCCGUUCAUUUAGGAGAUACCAGAAAUAAAGAAGAGGAGUGAGUGUUUUGUAUAUAAGAGUGUUUACUUUAAAGCCUAGAAAGCACAGCAUGUCUGACAAGGAAGAAAUGGCUUCAGAUGGGAGUCUGAAUGUUACACUGACGCUGAGGCUCCUGAUGCAUGGAAAGGAAGUUGGCAGCAUAAUUGGGAAGAAAGGAGAAACUGUAAAGAAAAUGAGGGAGGAGAGUGGCGCACGUAUCAACAUAUCAGAGGGAUCAUCUCCUGAGAGAAUAGUUACCAUCACAGGACCCACAGAGGGCAUCUUCAGAGCUUUCUCCAUGAUCGCACAGAAGUUUGAGGAGGAUAUUACCGCGGCAAUGACAAACAGCAACGUGACAAGCAAGCCACCUGUGACACUUCGCCUGGUUUUCCCGGGGAGCCAGUGUGGCUCACUGAUUGGCAAAGGAGGCUCCAAGAUCAAAGAGAUCAGAGAGACCACAGGCGCUCAGGUUCAGGUGGCAGGAGACAUGCUGCCGGACUCUACGGAGAGGGCUGUCACAAUCUCCGGCACUCCACAGGCCAUCACUCAGUGUGUAAGACACAUCUGCUCUGUCAUGCUGGAGUCUCCACCAAAAGGAGCGACUAUUCCCUACCGUCCUAAGGCCAUACCUGCUGGAGCCCAUGCAGUAUUAGCGCCACAGCACUCUGCACAGGCCUUUGCAAUUCCAGGGCAGUAUGCUUUUGCACACCAAGAUUUGACCAAGCUUCACCAGUUGGCUAUGCAGCAUAUCCCCCUCCCUUCCCUUGGGCAGAGCAACCCUACCUUCCCUGGAUUGGAUGCAUCUGCCCCCACAAGUUCACAAGAGCUGGCAAUACCUAAUGAUUUUAUUGGCUGCAUAAUUGGAAGACAAGGCAGCAAGAUCAAUGAGAUUCGCCAGGUCUCUGGAGCUCACAUCAAAAUUGCCAGCGCCACUGAUGGCUCAGCUAUGCGCCAAGUCACGAUCACAGGCUCGCCGGCCAGCAUCAGCGUGGCCCAGUACCUCAUCAACGCCAGCUUAGAGAUGGCUAAAUACACCAUGCAGGCCGCUUCCUCUGCGACCCCAGUUGACCUCAACAUGAGCUUCUCUCAGUCCGCUCCCACUGCCUCCACAGCUGCUACCUCUAUGGCCGUCCUGGCGGCCACCUCCCCAGCCCCCACCACCAUUAACGUCCACUCUCCGUCCACUUUACCAAACAUCCAAAACCCACACUACGCCAUCCCCAUUUCCAGUCUGCUUGGCAUGAAAAGUCUUCCCCUCCUGGCUGUCCACCCAGCAGCCGCUUCCAGCCUAGCACAGGGUUUAUCCCCUUACACCACAAAAAUGCCAAACUCCGGCAUCAAAAAAUCUGAACGGCAGAAGUUUGCUCCUUAUUGAUGUCUGCUUUUCAAGUCUAGUCAGUGUAGCUGACUGGUAAGACAUUAUUAAAUGAUGAGAAAUUAUUAAAUAAAGAAAUUCGGGCAUAUGGGCGGAAAAAUAGCUUACACCAGUGUGUGUAAGUUUUGCCCGUGUAGCACUUGUUAUCCAUAAAUCAGGAGACUAUUAGAAACAGACUGAAAGGAUGGAGGUAACAAAACAUGCCCUCAUUAAUUACAACAGGCAGCAGAGGUGCAUAUCAACUCAGUAUUAUCUUAAGGACAUGCAUAACAAUUAUUGUGGGUAACUCAGGCUUGUAUUAGUAUCCUAGAAAAGAUAUUUUUCCGACGGAUUCAUGUUACAGAGCUUUAUAUUAAGGAGGAGAGGUAUUUUCCAUGAUGCAAAUAUUGAAUUAGUUUUCUAUCUGUGUAACUAGUUUACAGUUUUUGUUAGAUAAUGCAAACUAGUAUCAUAAGAAGUGGUGCUUUGUUGGCAGCAGGCUGUUAUAAUGUUUGUCUUGUACAAUAGAAGUCAGUGUGUUAAGUAUUUUUUAACAAGGAUUGCUCCACUCUACUAUAGGCUCUCAUCAGUGCUAACAGGCUUGGGUGUCCUGUAGUUGCAUUGCACUGUAGCAGUUCUGAUGGGAUUAUCCUAAAGCCACAUUGGAUCCUAGUGGAUUUCACUCUACACAGUAAUCCUGUAAGGCGGGAAUGGCCUAACUAACUCAUUUAUUGUUUCUGUAUGGUAGCUUGUUUCUUGUUCAUUCUACAACCUAAAUAAAUGCUCCAACUUUCAGUGUCUGCAAUGGACCCUGAGCAAUUAUUGUAAUAAAUGUUUUAUUCAUGUGUUUCUGGUGUGGGUCUACCCCCAAACAAUGCAGAUUUGUAAUAUUUGUUGAUGAAAUGACUUUGAAAUA